GAUGCUCUUCGGGCUGUUUUGAAAACUUUCUCCGAGUUCAGUUUGCGCCACAACGUCGAGCGAAGCACAAACACUGUUCGCCUUUAAAUUUCGGAAUAUCACGAAACAAAUUCAGACAAAUUUGAGCCAAAAACAGACCGUCAUGGAGAAGUCAACGCGGCCGAAGCGAAACCGUCGUCACAGCAGACGCGCCUGGCCUCCGGAGGAUCUUCAGCCUCCUACACGAGCCACCAAGCGGCUGUUUACGCCCGACAUCAAGAGGAUGCUGAAGGACUGGCUGAUUCGUCGCCGGGAGAAUCCUUAUCCCAGCAGGGAGGAGAAAAAGCAGCUUGCUGCGGAGACGGGUCUGACCUACACCCAGAUUUGCAAUUGGUUCGCGAACUGGCGCAGAAAGCUGAAGAACUCGGAGCGGGAGAAGGCCAAGAAGUCGUGGGGUCACCUGAUCAAGAACUAUAACCACAAUGCGAGGGGCAACGUGGAGCAAUUCAGCAUCUCGUCGGAGGAUAGUAUUUGGGAAGAGGAGGUGCACUCGUGUCGCGCGGAGGAUGACGAAGGCGACGAUGACGACGAGUUGUCCAGCCACAGCACUGGCAGCGAUGGCAAUGCCAACAAUGAAUCCCUAUCCCCGUAUCAGCCCAAUUUUUAUGUGGAAUCAACGAGCUUAUCCGAUCGAAUACCGAUUUUGUCCGAAGUGCAGAUGGGGGGCAGAGCGAAGUACAAGCACCAGAUGAUGGAAAAGUACCUGCGGGAUAGUUCCAAGGCGGAAGCGGCCAGUCAACCGGGCACGCAACUCAACAAGUGGCUGGAGAGUGCGGCGAAAUUUACGCCCAACAGGAAUAACUAUCACAUCGAGUGGAAUACGAGCAGUUCCAGGCAGAAAAGCAGCAGUAGCAGUAGCUGCGGGCAAGCGAUAUUCGCAAGUGAAGUAACUGCUCGCAGUGACCGCUUCGUGCUCCAUCACAAGGACGAACUGGACGCUGCGGAGGCCUUAGCCAACCUCGCCUUUAACUGCAGGCAGCGCUGGCACCAUACCAUCACUUCCUGAGCGACACUCGAAGAAUCCACAACGACGCCAUCAUUCCAGCAGAAGUUUUAGGCCCCGUUGGAAAAGUGCAAUCUAGUCAUAUGGGCUGUCUGGUUUUUAUUUUUAAGUUUCUUGGCAGUGGAUUGAAAAGUGUACAUUUUUAAGUUAGCACAUUUAAUCAACCUGCAUCUAUGAAAGUGAGAACCUGAUCGUGCCGAAAGUCAACGAAUAUUUAGCAGCUAGCUUAGAGUGAAAGACAAAUGGUAACA